AUGGGAGAAUCCGUCUGUCUUGUGAGAUCCUUCUCGCAACCUGCAGAGAUUUCAUCUCGUGAAACCGACGAGGUUGUUGUUCCUCGUCGUGUCCUCACAGAAUCAGUAUCGUUUGGUAGAUUUGCGUCAGAGACUCUACAAUGGGAGAAAUGGUCAGCUUUCACUCAGAACCGUUACUUGGAAGAGGUCGAGAGGUUCACAAAACCUGGUUCUGUGGCGGAGAAGAAGGCCUUUUUCGAAGCUCACUUCAAGAACCGAGCUUCAGGGAGAGCAACAAAGACGAAGACGGAAGAAGCAAAUGUUAAAACCAUCGAUGAAAUCGUGUGUGAAACACGGGAAGACACUCUCGUUGAUUCCGAAGCACCACCGCUUGUGGUGAAUAAUGAUGGUAUGGCCAUGGAUGAUGAAGUAAGGCAUGAAGAGAUGUCGAGUGCUGAGGUAGAUUCUGUUGUAACCGGUGAAACAACUGUUGUUCAAACUGGAGAAGUGGAUGUCAUCAAUGUCGAGAGCUUUGAUUCCAUGGCUGUUUCUCAAGACGAGGCUCUUGAUCAGGAUAAUUCUACUUCAUUGAGCAAAGAAAGACGUCCUCUUAGCUCUUCCGGAUCAAAGACCUGCAGUACAAGUUCGAAUCUGGAGCAUUCCUUUGUUAUGGGACUGGAUCUGACACUAGAGAGAACCAGAGAAGAGCCAACCUCGAGAAAGAAAAGGUCAACUAGUGUAUCCAGAAACCAAAACAGACCACCUCCUGAACCAUUUCACAUGUCAAUCGAUUCUGCUCCUUUUGGUAAUACCGACAGAAAAAUUUCUCGGAUGCCCCAAAACGGCUCUAAAGGCAGUACCAAUGCUAAGGAUGCAGCAGGGAAAUCAGACAAGAAGGAGAGACAAGGUCCUAGUUCGGUUCACAUGUCACUCAACCUUGCUCCUUCUGCUCGUCCAACAGCCCUGAAAAAACUGGCGAGAAAAUCUACUACACAGGAAACAAGUUCGUCAAGUGCUAGAAACAGUGUAAACUCCAAGGCAAACGAACCAACGGUAGCUUCAAAAACUCGCAAGAGACCAUGGCCUAGAACAGCCAAAGAAGAUUCAGUUACUCCAAGUUCAUCAAAUGCUAGAAACAAUGUGAACUCCAAGGCAAACGAACCAACGGUAGCUUCAAAAAGCCGCAAGAGAACACCCAAAGAAGAUUCAGUUGCAACCAGAGCCUCUGCUUUCAGGUUACCUGAACUUCCUCCUCCUCCCAAUAAUCAGCUACCAGAAGACAAAAGGAAAAACAUAACUGUAAGCAGUUCAGUGUCAUGCAAGAUACCCAACAAAGUGCAAAGACAGCCUUUUGCCAGCUGCGAAAAUCUUUCUACUCAUUGCAGAACCAGAGCAAAGUCUUUCACUGUAACUUCUCCCUUCAACUUCAGAAGUGAUGAAAGGGCAGAAAAGAGGAAAGAGUUCUUCAAGAAGCUAGAAGAAAAGAACAGGAAAGACAAUACUGGCAAAGAUAGGUAA